CCCUAGCAACGGGAGGACGCCGGAAGAGCCGCAGCCCCGCUGCCACCCCAGACAACGGCAGGACAUGACCGAGAUCAGCAAACGCAUCAGCAAGAACACGCCGCUCUCCGCCUUAUCGGCCUUCAGCUUCAUCCCCGAGAGGCGAGACGCCAAUGAGAUAACUUACUUUGGUAAUCAGAAGAAAGAAGUAUCCGUGCUGAUUUACGAUCAGGUUUUUAAAGUGCAACAAGGAUAUAAUAAUAAGAUUCAUCGUGAUGAUCGAGAAUACAGCCACGGCCAAGGUCUUAAUGUGAACACUGAGGAAACAGCUCGAACCGUUCCAGUGUUAUCAUCGUCACUCUAUGGUAAACGCCCCCACCUCGAGCCAACAAAUCGAAGUUUUGUCAGAGUUGCUCGAGUGAAAGCAGAAUUUUACAGAAGAAAUGGCAUUGCUAACUAUCUGGAAGAGAAUCAGGAAUAAAAAAAAACAUGGGACUAACAUCAGACUGAUUAUUGCUUCAUUACAGCUGGAAUUUUAAAUGUACAUCUCCCUUUUUUUAAUUGAAGAGAAUUCUUAAUUAAAAAUUGGACUUCUUCACGCUUGAUUGGGAAUGUUCUUCAUGCAUAUUAUCUGCAUCUAAUCUACAUGGUGAACACUGUUUGUUGCACUUUUCUAUUAACAGAUUUACUAGAAAUUAGUCCCCCUUGGUUACUAGCACUAAACAUGGGACACUGAGGUGUGUGAAAGUGAAUUUGCUAAGCAGAGUACAUAUUACAUAUUUUAGUGCUGUAUGAUAGAGAAAUGGAGGGCUAUGUGGGAGGGAAGGGUUAGAUGGAUCUUAGAGCAGGAUAAAAUGUCAGCACAACAUUGUGGGCCGAAGGGCCUGUACUGUGCUGUAAUGUUCUAUGUAAUCAAAGAUGAACUUCUCCUCCACCUCUUGGGUUUCUUUUCAGCCAACUUCAGGAAAACUCAGAUAAUCCAGCACCUUUUGUACUUUGGUGGUGCUGUUACUGGCAGAUUUUCUGGACUGUUGGAUGUUACUCCGAUCAAUAUCCAAUUACACUUUUAUUUCACUUUUUUUCAACAUUUUACACCGUGGUAUAAUAUAUCUUCCAGUGAAUCUGGUGAGUUUAAAGCAAGAAAGAAAUAUACAAGCAAUCCGGACCCCAGCUCUGACUGCAAAUCUACUCAAUUCCCUGACUCCUGGUGUUCUGGACCCCAACCCCAGGACCUGCUGCACCUUUGGCCCACAACUCUAGACCCUGGCUCCAGCUCUGGGCACAGGCCCUGCUAGCACUCUGGACUCCCAGCUCAUAUUCUGGGCUAAUGAGUAAGCCAGAUGCCAACUAUCAGAAUUUCUGAACAAUCGGAUGCUGGAUUACUAAAGUUUUCCUGCAUUCAAAAAGGGCAUCACCCACGAAAGGACACCUGGGACCAGGUGCUGAGAGAAGCAAUCUAAGAGUUCUUCAAUCUGAUGUGCUUAAGAGAAUCAUUAGGUCUGAAACUGAUUUUAAAAUCUGGUAGUCAAAUGAAGAAAAGUUGAUUAUUUGGCGCUGUAUCAGA